UUUUUUUUCCACCCCUAAACCGAUGAAUGUGGCAUUCAAAAGGUUAGUUCAGUGUUAAGUGCAUUCAGAUUUUCGUUCCUUGGUGCAUUCAAAUGGCGACAUCCUUGUCGAACAUGCUCUUGAAGGGAAUCGCAGCUCGUUCUCUCAGCAGGCCUCAGUUAAAUGGUUUGUUUAACCAUUAUCGAGUGAGAUACUCGACUACUGUGUCAAAUGAUUCUGACACGCAUGAUGACUUCAAGCCAUCUAAUAAACUUGAGAGUUCUGGCAUUUCUUUGGCAAAUGUUGUUGAGAAGGAUGUCAAGGAUAAUCCUGUUAUGAUUUACAUGAAAGGUGUGCCUGAUUUUCCACAAUGUGGUUUUAGUUCGCUUGCAGUUAGAGUUUUAAAACAGUAUGAUGUUUCUUUAAGUGCUAGAAACAUUUUGGAGGAUCCUGAACUGAAAAAUACUGUAAAGGCCUUCAGUAACUGGCCAACAUUUCCUCAAAUUUUCAUUAAGGGAGAGUUUAUUGGGGGAUCAGAUAUUAUUCUCAACAUGCACCAGACCGGUGAACUGAAGGAAAAGCUUAAAGAUAUUAGGUCCAAGCAGUAAAAGCACGCCUAAAGGUGAUAAGAUUCAAGAGAUGUAGUUUACAAAAACUUGCUUGAUAUCAUCUAUUUCAGCUGCUGAAAGAUGAUACUAUGUGAAUUCCUUGUACCUGAAUUUCUAUAUUAUAGUCAAAUAAGAAGUUUGGAUAUUCCUUUAUGUAAGUUUUUCUAUUUUCCCUUUCUGACUUACUUUAAUAUGAAUGUAUUUUACAUGAAGUACAUAAGAGUCAAGACUGCAUUUUUAUGCAUCCGGAUUUG